UUUCAGGUCUUUCAUGGUCCUACAGCUUCUCUUCUUCAACAACCACUAUUAAACAGCAAAGCUGUAAUGUUAAAAAAUAGAGACACAACAGUAUAUUUUUCUUCUAUUUUUACAACAGUUUUUAGUAGAGUUGCAUCAGUUGCACUUUCAUAAGCUUUUUCAGUAGAGUCCUCCUUGGAUGUGUUGUUGCACUUUCCCUCAGUGAAGUAUAGAAUCAUAAGAAAACAGAGCUGGAAGGGAACUCAAGAGGUCAUUUAGUCCAGCCCCUCCCCUGAACAAGGCAGGACCGUCCCUUUCUAAACCAUCCCAGCCAAGUGUUUGUUUAACAGCUCCUAAAAUCAUCCAAUGAUGGAGAUUCCUCAGCCUUUCUAGGUAGUAUGUUCCAGUGCUUACCCACCCUCCUACUUAGGAAGGUAUUUUCUUAAUCCAACCAAAUUUUUAUUUGUAAUUUUAAGAUUUCCUAAUCCUGUCCCGCGCAGCCACACAGAACAGCCUAUCACAGAGGUCAGCAACCUAUGUCCUGUGGGUUGGGUCCAGCCUGUGAAGAGCCUGGAUCCAGCCAGCAAAGGUCUGAUCCAAUCCAAGUGUUAAGAAUGUUGACAGAACUAAACUUGGGAAACAAUAUCUUUGAGGAAGUUCCAGAACAGCUGAAGUAUCUCAAUUCACUACAGAAGCUUCACUUAUUUGGAAAUAAAAUUGCUACAAUAUCACCCACAAUAUUUGAUGGAUUAGAAAAAUUGACGCUUCUGAAUUUGAACAACAACAGGCUUAAAUAUCUUCCUCCAGAAAUACACAGGUUAGAAAAUCUGGAAUACAUGAGUUUAAAUAAUAAUCAGAUAGGAAGUAUUCCCAAAGAGCUAUGUUCCCUGGAAAAGCUUUCUGAACUCCAUCUGUCCUACAACUGUCUUAUCAUGGUACCUGAAGAGAUUGGAUACAUGACAAACCUCAGGAUGCUGUGCUUGUCAAGAAACCAGAUAGAGGUUCUUCCAGAUGGGCUUUGUAAACUGAGGAAACUAAGAAUUCUAGAUGUAGCGGGAAACAGAAUUCGGGUGUUUCCAACAGCAAUGGAAGACCUUCUGUUGAUGGGACUGAAGGAGCUUUACUGUGAAGACAAUCCAUUGCUUCAGAAACAGCCUGUUUGUGCCAUACAAGAAGAAGAAAUGUUAUCUCUUACUGAAAUGACGGCAAGAUUUAUUUUGAGAGAGCUGAAUGAAAAGGAUUCUGUUCUACAGACAGCAGUCAAACAGAAUCAAGAAGUGGGCAAGCUGCUCUCUGAAAAAUGUGUGUGCGCUGUUUGUGGGCAAGCAUUCCUGACAACACGACUGGAAUGUGUGUGUUUUAUGCAUGUAAAGCAGAAAAUGAAGAUAAGCAGGAACAUUCACCUCUUGCCUGUAAGGAAGUUGAUAUGCUCUUUCCAGUGCUUUAAUCUUCGUGACCAUGGAUUCUUCGGAGUUGCUGAAUCCUAGAGCAGGCAGGGAACGUACCCAGUACAUCAGAUUUCCCUUCUUGGCAUUGUUUACACUAACUGUUGAAUCUUAAGAACCAGUGUUGCAUCUGUGCUCAUAUUAAAAUGUACACACCAUAUAUAGAGAAAAUUAAUUGUACAGAAAUGAUCUGACCUCAUGCAUAAUACUUCCAUACAAGUGUGUAAUGAUGGUCUAUUUGCCAGAUUUUGCUCUUAAAAAUGGAUGAAUGAAGCAGAUAACAGUAUUUAAAUAUGAUACAGUUUUAUAGUAUAAAUUGUAACCAACAAAUCUACUGUGGCUUUUUUAUUAACAUGCCUCUUUUUAUGGUUUUGUGUUUUAUAUGUGACAUUUUAAUUCAGAUUUGUUUUUGUGAGGAUUUUAAGUUCAAAUUUUAGAUCUGCAAAGGAAAAUUUGGAUGUGUACCAAGUGAUUUGCUCUAAGUUUUUUUUCCUCAUGUUAUUUCAUUACAAGUCCCAUUUUCCAGGAGUUUAUAACUUGGCAUACCAAUGUCUUGGCACAAAAGCAAAUAUAUAACUGUGUUUUAAAAAUGAAAAAAAAAUAUUGCCAGGCUUAACAUUUUUUUUUCUUGAUCUGUUUUAACUGUAUAGAAGGACUUAUAUCACAUGGAAAACUUUGGUGAAACAUGCUGGAAAUCAUUGCUCUUGGAUGUCUUUUAGUCUCUAGAUUAUUUUCUUCCCUUUUGAACUCUUAUAGAAGUAUUUAUAUGGAAACAGAAAUUUUUUAAACUUAAGAAUGUGUCUAUUCCUGUUUCUUUUUCCCCUCACCUAAAAUUGUAAUCCUUUUAUGUGCUAUGUCAUAAUCCUCUCCCUGUCAAAUAAUUAUGAAGUUAAAGUAAAUUCUCCAGUUUAGGAAGGUGUUUAUGCAUGGUCUAAAUCAGGGGUAGGCAACCCUCAGCACACGUUCCACUUACUGGCACAUGAAGACAUUUUCCUCGGCAUGCCAGGAGGUGUGCUGAGCAAAUUGUUAAAAAAAAAAAAAAAAAAAGUUUUUAAAUUGCUACUCCUGGCUCUUUCAAGAGACUUAGGAGGAGAUGCUGCCUGAUGAGCCCUCAGGAGGAGCUAUUAGGGGUGGGGGAACCCUUUCUGCGGCUCUCGCUGUACCAUCAUCAGAGGGGCAGGCUUCCCCCCCCAGCCACACUGGGUGGUGGUUGCUGCAGCCCUGCCCAGCCUGCCCUGAUGCAUCCUCCCACAUGCUGCCUGGGGGAUGUGCCUGCGUAUGGAAUAGUAAAGGAUGGGCAGUGGAAACAGGGCUGCCAGCCACCCCGUGCCAGGCACAGCCAUGGUUGGGGAGCAGGGAGCAGCAUCACCAUCUCCCAAGCUCCUUGUGGCUGCUACAGCUGCUUCAGACCACUUGGCAGAGGACAGCCCAAGGUGAGAGCUGCGGGGCCAGGAUUGUGCUGCCCCUACUCCCCUCCCCUCCCAGCCUAUGGUGCUGCCUCCUUCUUGUUGCAACACAGCUGUAGCCCUAGGGCAGGGGGCUCAGCCUAGCCCAGCACAGUAACCCCCCGCCCCAGGGAGGAGGCAGCUGGCUGAUGGGCAGGCUCCGAGCCAGGGCCACGGCAGGCCACACUGCAGCCCAGGAGCCGGCUCCUUGGGAAAGCAUAGAGGCUGUGGUGGGCCUGGGGCAUUGUCAGGUUGGUCUUUGUCCUGUGGCCCAGCAGCCUGGCUGCAUGCGUGGGUGUCUUUGGGGGGAGGAGGGGUUUGCGUGUGCGCAUGUGCAUGCACAUGUUUGGUUCUGUGUGUGUGCAUGUGGUAUUUUUGUGUGCGUCUGUGUGUGCAUGCACAUCUGUGUGUCUGGUUCUGUGUGUUUGUCUGCACAUGUGUGUCUGGUUUUUGUGUAUCUGUGCAUGCAUACACACAUGUCUGGUUCUGGGCAUGUGUGUAUUGGGUUCUCUGUGUGCGUUUCCUUGCAUGUAUCUGGUUUUCUCUCUCUUUCUCUUCUCUCCUUUUUUUCUCUUUCGUCUCCUUUUCUCUCUCUCCUCUUUUUCUCUUCUUUCUCUCUUUCUUCUUUU